AAUAUCCACCUAUAACACAAGUGAUGACAAGGCUAAACGGAAUUCUCCUUCCACUACCGGCACGUUCCGGGCUCCAAUCUGCAGCACGUAUCUCUGCAUGGCUGUUAAUCACACUUCCAAGUUUCAAACGUUGAAUGGUUGUUAACACUUUCUCACCAAACAGCAAAACAAAAACUAAACCAAAACUACUCUCAAUUCAACCCUUUUUGUUCCCAUUCUACAAUGCAAAACACCAACACUGUUUCUUCUAUUCGCACCCCAACCUUCAAACUCCACACCGAAGCAUCACCGUCGCGGUUCCCUUCAUUCUCAUUCCUCUUCUCACCGUCGCCAUGUUCAGCUCCUUCUGGCGAUCCAUCGAUCGCUUCUCCGUUCAACACUUCAAAUGUGUAAUUACUGAACUGCAGAAAAUCAAAGCCGUUAACAAGCAUAAUAGGGAUUAUGUAGAGGAUUUAUUGCAGUGUAUUGUGGAGAUAGUAACCUAUGGUGAUAGACAAGAUCCUUUAAUUUUUGAAUGUUUCAUGGAAAACCAAGUGCUUGCGGAUUUUGUUCGAAUACUUAAGACUAGUGAAAAUUCAAAGAUUGAGGCACCGCUGCUUCAGUAUCUGAGCAUAAUGAUUCAAAAUAUGGAGAGCGAACAAGCAAUUUACUAUUGCUUCAGCAAUGGUUAUAUUAACAACAUUAUUUCGCAUCCCUACAAAUUUGACGGGGGAGACUUAGCUUCAUACUAUGUGUCUUUUCUAAGGGCUAUUAGUGGUAAAAUAAACGGAGACACACUUUGCCUCCUCGUGAAGGUUCAAGGGGAUGCUGUAGUCUCCUUUCCUUUGUACACCGAGGCUUUAAGAUUUGCUCAUCAUGAGGAAAAGAUGAUUCAGACAGCAAUACGUUCAUUAGUUCUAAAUAUAUACAAUGUUAGCGAUGACAUGGUGUAUCAAUUUAUAUUGACUCCUCCGGUUUCCGAAUAUUUCUCCGACCUAGUUCAUAGAUUAAGAGAUCUAUGCUUCAACUUAGACGUUAUUCUUUAUGAUAAAGGCAGGGAGAUGGAAACUCAAAAAAGAAAAAAUGAGCUGAUUCUUCAAUCUGAUAAAAUUGUGGAUGAACUGUACUACUUCAAAGACAUUCUUAGUGUUGGCAAGCCACGUUUGACCAAACUGGUUACUGAAAAUCUGCUGAAUGGGCUCGUGUUUCCUGCACUGUUCUCAUUACUAGUUUCAAAAGAUAAUGAUGAGUCAAGUUUAUCUGCUGUCACUUCACUAUAUAUUGUAUCCCGCCUUCUUCAAAUUGUAGGUGGAAGAAGCAUUGUUAACAAUGUGGCGUGUGUUAUCUUGUAUCAUUUAUUGAACUUAAAUGCGAGAGUUCGGAGUGAAGGGAAUGCUAGUGACGGCCAUGACGGUGUUAAACCUUUUGCGAAGUGCCUGAGUGAAAUUGAAAGAACUAUAUGUUACGCUCCAGAGUUAAAUGGAGCUGAGAGCAUCACCGGGAACUAUUUAGGUGCUCAUUGGGAAGAUUUCAUGUCUGGUUUUAGAACUGAUGAAGUUUGUUACAAAAGGAGAGGAAUACUUGAAUUUGUUUUCUCUGAGGAUUGCAGACAAUUGUUAGCAUCUAUAUUUCUGUUGCUCAUUUUGGCAGAAAGUAAAGAUCUUGAUUGUUUCUUAUCUCCAAUAAUAGGGCUAUCUGGGAUUGGCAAUAUUAUGAUGAAAACUAAUAGUUCGUCAACUUCUAAGCCUGCAGAUGGUAGUAUCUUCACUAGCUUUAUGCCUGAGAUUGUAAACGCCCUCCUGAAGGUUAUGGAGCAAUCCCUCUCUACAAUGAUGCUAUGGCAUGUUGGAUGGUGCUUACUAAAGCUACUUAACUUCAAUAAAGAGGGACUUAAUAGUGAUAAUCUCCUCCAAUUCGCCACUUUAUAUGAUCAGUCUCGUGCACACUUUCUGAAAGAACUUGAUGGAAUUUGGUUUGAUCAUAUUCCAGAUGCUCUAAGAACUGAAUGGGAAAGCUGUAUAAGAGCUCUUGAACAGUCUUCUCACUAUAAGAAUCCACUACUUAUUUUGGAGUUUGCUCUUCACCAACAAUCGAUCAAAGGAGAGACAUCUUCAUAUUUUGCUUGGCAAAGGAUGGAUGAUGCAAUGAAGGCAUUUAUUCUCCACUUCCAGCUCAACACAUUCAUUUUCAAAAGUGUAUUGGCCGAGAAGCCAUUGUUGAACACUAUUGACACUUCUACCAAUGAUUCUGGGGCAAACCAAACUUCAGAUGUUUCAUCUACUAGCUUUGGAUCCAAUGUUUCUUUGGAAUCCGGAAUUCCAUGCCAGAUUGCAUUUUCAAAUUCUGAAAUUAGGGAUGUAUAUGUAAUACCAGUAGCGUACGGAAUGGUUGGAAAGUUGCUUCUUGCAGAGAAACACCCAUUCCGUAGUCGACAUGGAGUUGUGAUAGCAAUUGCUCCACUGGCAGGGUUAUGUCCUAAAAUUGAUGAAGACCACUCCUCGUGGUUGCUUCUUCGAAUAAGAAAUUUUGACCCACGGUAUUAUACAAUUAAAGCCAGAGACAACAACCUAAGCAUGGCCGAUCAUUUGGCUGAUGGGAGAUGGACCCUAGGCUUCCCAAAUGAAAAAGCAUGCAAGGAAGCUCAAUUUGCAAUUCUAAAUGAAGUUACCAAGCAGAGAUCAGCGGCGGAGUACAUGCUUGCUCCGUUACUUCAGAAUGAUCUUGGGUUAUCUGGAGACAAAGGCACCACCUAUUAGGAUACCAUAUGCUAGAUCUCAGCCUGUAUGGAACCACCAUCAACUGAAUUAAAGUCCUACACAAGAUAAGCACCAAGACCACUCCUAAUCAAGAACAAGGUCAAAGACUCUUUAAUCACUAUUGAUUCAUACAAAGGAUAGAGUUCUCAAGUUAAGAAGAGAAACCACGAGUUGUCCAUGAAUACUUCCAAGUUAGAAAAAUGCUAUUUUCUUCCACAUGCUCAGUGCUAUUUGAGGAACUAGGAAAAACGAUAUCAAUCUUUGGAUAUUCAAAUAUACCAAACAACUAAAUAUCAGAUCCUGGGAAGCUCACCCCUAACAACCAGAGAGUUAAAUAAGACCUACCAUCCUAAGAGAUAAAUGACUUAAAAAGAGACUUAAUGUCUCUAGGAAGAACCAAUAACUACUUGAAAAUCUUAUACCAUAAGCCAUCUCCAGGUACGAACCAAUGAGAAAUCGACUACACUAACACAUGACACAAUAAAUCUUAGCUAAUCUUAACUGGAUAUAUUAAAAUGCUACAUUUAAAUAAGUUCUUAUUUUGUAGUUGUCAAAAGAAAUUAUCACUUCACAUUAUUACAAACUAUAGGGAUACUCUAUAGAAAAGUUAUAUAUACGAUUAUGCAUACUACAACAUUUAUAAGCAAUUUAACGAAGUCUA